UGAAAGGGUUGCAAGGGGCUAAUGUCUUUUCCUGCCUGAACACUUGAUUGCACAAGUAUGCUUCUUAUCAAAUACACACAAGUUGUAGACUGUGUAAACCUACUAUAGCCACUCAGGUGUUCAAACAUUACCAAAUAUAGGGUAAUCACAUUGUGUAUGACAUCACAAUGGAAUCUCUUUGUUUACUAUGCUAUAUAAGUUGUAGUACUACCCAUAAUAAACUGAACUUGUUUUGCAACACACAAGCCUACAGUGUCGUUCAUUGAAAGUUCCCUGAUCAGCACGCCUGGAGAGAUGAUAUCAGAUGGUUUACCGUUGCAUCAAUUAUAAGACGAGCCGGCUCGCAGCUGCAAGGACAGUGCAGGGAUAGCACAGUGGAGUUUAGUGGCCCUAACAGUUUUCUGGUGUCAGAAGUGGAACGGCUGGAAAUCCAGGGGUAAGUAGAAUCACUGUCUGAACUGACGGUGUUUUCUCUUACCUUUGGCUCUUUCCGAUUGACCGAUUCCUUAGUUUAAAUAAGUGUCUCAUGUAUGGUUGAGACUGUCUCAUGUAUGGUUGAGACAAGGGCAUGAUUACCAGUUUAAAUAAGUGUCUCAUGUAUGGUUGAGACUGUCUCAUGUAUGGUUGAGACAAGGGCAUGAUUUAGCAGCUUAAAGUGUCUCAUGUAUGGUUGAGACUGUCUCAUGUAUGGUUGAGACGGGUUAUAGAGAUCCCAUGGUAGUAUAGUAAAUUAGGGAUACUCAGGUUGUGCACGGAGACCAUUUCUUACUGACUGAUUCAUCUUUCCAUGCGUAUUAUUGUCUUGAGUAUUUGUGUUUUAAAAUAUAUCUGUGAACAGUUGCAGCGUUAAGAGUGAUCACGAGUUGCUAAAUGGGUAUUGUUGGGACCUUGAUCUCAGUUCAGCCCUGGCUUCUCUGUUUCGUUGCAAUCGUACAUGACACGUUCUUUGAUAAGAAUUUAAGACAUUGGUUACAGCACCUGCGCUUGGUUUACCUAAUUAUGCUAAACCUUUUCAUUUGUAUGUCAAGGACACCUGUAAAACCAUGGCUGCGGUCUGUGCUCAAGAAUCUGGGGGAAGUUUUCGUCCUGUGGCCUAUUUUUCCAAAGUAAUGCCGCUUCCGGUACAGGGGAUGCCGGCGUGUCUCAGAGCUUUAGCAGCUAGUGCUAUGGCUGUUGAACUGUCACAGUCUGUCACAAUAGGCCACAAUACUAUUUUGCACACCUCACAUCAGGUUACACACCUAUUGAAGAACAUUACCACCCAACACAUGACCUCCCAAAGAUUAAGUGGCUAUGAAGUUAUUCUAUUAGGUACUGCAAAUUUACAGAUCACAGACACUCCUUUGUCACAUGCUACUAACGUUUUUGUUGAUGGUUCCUGCUCCAGGCCUUCCGAUGACACCUACAAAGCAGCAUAUUCAGUUGUCCAACUCCCUAAUAUUGUACUCGAGACUAAGUCUAUCCCUGUUAAUUCUGCACAAGCAGCAGAACUUAUAGCACUCACCAGGGCCUGUCACUUGUUUGCCAACCACCCCGUUAAUAUAUUCAGUGACAGUAGAUACGCUUUUGGGGUAGUUCAUGAUUUUAGCAAAAUUUGGCAACAAAGAGGUUAUGUUACUACAGAUGGGAAAUCCAUCGCACACCCUGCCCUCAUUGAUAAUCUUUUACAGGCCAUCCAACUUCCUUCCGAAAUUGCAAUUAUCCAUUGCGGGGCACAUACCAACAGAACUGAUGAGAUUUCCCUCGGUAAUGCCCUAGCAGACCAGGUUGCCAAAACUACUGCAUCCUCUGCCACUCCCACUGUCAUCCCCAUGUUUCUCCACACACCUCCGAGUUGUCCAGACAGUCAAAUUCUACAGUAUUUGCAAACAUUUGCCACUCAGACUGACCUGCAUUUUUGGGAACAGCAAAAUCUUACCCUUGACCAGUUUGGUCUUUAUUCCAUCCAAGGCAAAGUGGGUAUCCCCGAAAACAGUCUACCCCUACUUAUCUCUCAAGCUCACGGCAUUGGCCAUAGGAGUUCUAUGCUCACUUUGGCUGAAAUGCAAAAACAUUUCAUCGCAAAGAACCUUGAGACAGCAUUGUUCUACCUUUGUUAAAACUUGCCUCACCUGUCUUAGGGCCAACACCUUAGGAACACACAAAGUACACCAAAAUUUGCCUCCCCCAAUUGCACCUUUUUCUCACUGGCAAGUUGAUUUUACUCAUAUUCCUAAGAUUGGCAAACUACAGGAAUAUUUGCUAGUUUUUACCGACCAUUUCUC